ACUCCCAAUCAUCAAGAUUAUCCCGCUUGCUUUUUCCCCCACACUUUGCUCUCCCCCCAUUUUGCCUUGCUGUAAAAUCGUUUAUCCUAUUUGAUCUCCGGUGCCAAAACGAAAUAUAUAAAUACGUCCUUUUCCCUUCUUUUCCCGUAUCAUCUUUUUGAUCCUUUCACUUUUUUCAUUAUGGCUACUGUUAGUGCUGCACUCAAGUCAAGAGUUCGUCGACCUCAACUUUUAAACAAGGUCAUGAAACCUGAGGAUACCCUUCAAUUCUUCAAAGGAGGACAAUAUCUCGGUUGGUCUGGCUUUACUGGUGUUGGAUACCCCAAAAUGGUUCCUCUUGCCUUAGCCGAGCAUGUCGAAAAGAACAACCUUCAAGGUAAAAUGAAGUUCAAUCUCUUUGUUGGUGCCUCCUCUGGUCCCGAAUGUGAAGACCGUUGGGCCCAAUUGGACAUGAUCGACCGUCGUUACCCUCAUCAGGUCGGUAAAAACAUCAAGAAGGGUAUCAAUGAAGGUCGUAUACGAUUUGCUGACAAGCAUCUUUCCAUGUUUGCUCAAGAUCUUGUUUAUGGCUAUUAUACCAAGGAUAAGAAGGAUAACGACAAGUUAGAUAUUGUCAUUGUCGAAGCAACUGCAAUCACUGAAGACGGCUGGAUCGUGCCUGGUGCCUCUGUAGGUGCCACACCUGAACUGAUACAAAUGGCUGACAAGAUCAUUAUUGAAGUCAACACACGCAUUCCUUCCUUUGAAGGUCUUCACGAUAUCACCAUGUCCUCACUUCCUCCUCACCGUAAACCAUAUCUUAUCAUGAAUACUGAGGAUAGAAUCGGAACAACCGCCAUUCCUAUUGAUACCGAAAAAGUAAUCGCAGUCGUCGAGAGCAACCGUCCUGAUAUGACUGGUCCAAACUCACCUGCUGAUGCUAAAUCACAAGCCAUUGCUGACCAUCUUAUUGAAUUCUUUGAACAUGAAGUCAAACAUGGACGUCUCCCAGAGAACUUGUUGCCUCUUCAAUCUGGUAUUGGUAACAUUGCAAACGCCGUUAUUGGUGGUUUGGCUAAGUCUCCCUUCAAAAACGUCACAGUAUUUACGGAAGUAUUACAAGACACUUUUCUUGAAUUUUUCGAUUCCGAAAAGCUUCAAUUUGCUAGUGCCACUUCCAUUCGAUUCUCACCUGAAGGCUUUGAACGAUUUUACAACAAUUGGUCCAUCUAUAAAGAUAGACUCUUGUUGAGAUCCCAACAAGUCUCCAACUCUCCUGAAAUUAUUCGUCGUCUUGGUUGUAUCGCCAUGAACACGCCUGUCGAAUUUGACAUGUACGGCCACGCCAAUUCUACUCUCGUCUGUGGUUCUGGUAUGCUCAACGGCUUGGGUGGUUCUGGUGAUUUCCUUCGUAACGCCAAACUCAGUGUCAUGCACUCUCCUUCCACACGUCCUUCAAAGAAGGAUCCCAAUGGUGUGUCCUGUGUCGUACCUAUGGUCUCCCAUGUCGAUCAGACCGAACAUGACUUGGAUGUCUUUGUUACUGAACAAGGUUUGGCAGAUCUUCGUGGUCUUUCUCCCCGUGAACGUGCCCAAGUCAUCAUUGACAAUUGCGCUCACCCUGAAUACAAGCCUUUGCUUCAAGACUACCUUGAUAUGGCCACUAAGAAGUGUCUCGCUGCUGGUAGAGGUCAUGAACCCCACAUGCUUGAUAAAGUUUUCAAGAUGCACACUAAUUUAUUAGAAAACGGUACCAUGAAGAUUGAUUCUUGGUAA